AUGCUUCGAGCGAGCCGUGUUGUGCUCGAGGCUUAUCAAACCAAUCUCACUAUUGCAGCGGCAUCACGGUCAAGCGCCUGGAGGUUGGCACUUGCCACGUUGCAAGAAGCAAUCGCCCCCGACCUUGUCAGCUUCAACAGCGCUGCCGCGGCCUGUGCCAGAGCCGCGCAGUGGCGCCGGGCACUCUUGCUGCUCGUGGACCUGGAGGCCAGAUCGCUCCACGCAGACCAUCGGACCUGGACACCACUGCUCGCGGCGCUGCCCUGGCACCAUGCCCUCAUGGCCCUGGCGGCCUUGGAGACGCGGGAGAUGGGGAACGUUCAGACUGUUGAGACGGCGUGCCCGUUGCCCGCGCCUUUUGCCGCCACCCUGUCAGCGGCAGCGCGGGACCGUGCUUGGGCCACCGUGCUGGCGCUGAUGCAGAGGCUGAAGCAAAGCACCGAGGCCGAGGUGGCGACGGCGAAGCGAGCUGAGGCAGAGCGGGCACGGGCUGUUGGCCUCAGCGCAGCCAUCAAGAGCCUCGUGGAGGUCUCUCGCUGGCCUCUGGGCUUGUGCCUAGUUCAGGAAGCGCAGGCAGACCUGCGAAGCAGAUGCGACAGCGUUCUGGUGUCAACCUGCAUGCUUGCUUGUCGGGCCGGGGCGCUCUGGCAGCUCGGGCUCGACCUCCUGGACCUCCUCUGCGAGGCGGAGGGAAAGGGGGCAAAGGUUCGGACGGCCGUCUGCCACAACUCGGCCAUCAGCGCCUGCGCCGUGGCUGGGCAGUGGCUGAUGGCCCUGCGGCUGCUUUGUGACGCCGAGCGCAUGGAGAUUCUCGACAUGACGACCUGCAAUGCUGCGAUUAGUGCUUGCGACCGGGCGCAUGCCUGGCAGCAUGCGCUGCAAGUCCUUGGCGUAGCGGAGGGUCGACGUCUACGAGCCGACACCAUCAGCUGUGCCACGGCUAUCAGCUGCUGUGCCUCCGCUGCGGAGUGGACAGUGGCCCUCGCCCUCUUCACGAGAGACCUUCAGCCAGGCGCCUUUUCUCUCAGCGCCCUCGUGGCUGCCUGCGGUGCAGCGCGAUGCUGGGAGCGUGGCCUAGCAAUUUGGCAAGGAUGGCCCUUCAAGCUGGACCUCACCUGCCACAAUGCAGCGCUGUAUCUCCUAGCGCCCGUGGGCCAAUGGGUGGCGGCCCUAGAGGUGCUUCGUGCCAUGCGUCGAGCUUGUGAGUUUCGCGUCGAGCUUUGGGGAGGCUUCAUGGGGCUUGCCGUUGCUCAUGGAUUUUUCGAACACGAACCGAAUCGGAGCAUCUCCAGGUUCCACGGAUACACUGAGCUUGGCAGCCUGCCUGGCGUCCUGCGAGGUCGCGGGGGCCUGGCCUCCCAUGCCAGGGCUUUGCAAGGCCGCUGGGGAGCAGGCCAAGCUUUCGAGUUCCAGCGCUGA